CGGUAGCAGGUCAUUCGAGGCGUUUCUUCUCUUCCAGACGCAACAGACGGAUCGCCAGCGAAACGAACGGUCAACCACAAUCGCGACCGCUUUUUCGCUCCCUCCCUACCCCGCCCGCCGGAACCAACUAGCCAACGAAAACAAACGAAAACGAUGGCAGGUAUUGCAACUGUAACGGUGGUGGUGGCGCUGCUGGUCAGCUGCUGGACCGUUACCGAGGCGUCACUGUACGGACCGUUCGGUCCGUUUGCCGGUCAGUUCGGUCCGGCAGCGGGUGCCUUCCCCGGCGGUGCCUUCCCCGGUGUAGCAGCCUUCCCCGGCUUCCAGUUCCCGGUGCAGCAGCUGCCCACCUUCCUGCCGCCCGGUCUUGGCUUCGGACGUGCGCUACCGGCCACGGCACCGGCACCGGUUCCGCUGCCGGUCACCGCACCCACCGCCACUAACCUGCGUACGGUCGUCUCCGGUUCCGACGUUCUGUCGCGGUUGGCCGUCGCCGAGCUGCCCGAGGAUCUGCAGAAGCGCGCCCAGGACCUGCAGGCCGCCAGCGAGCAGGGUUUCGAUGCGUGCGACGAGCUGCUGGCGACGCCCGGUGCCUACUGGCAGUACAAGCGCUGCCAGGCGUUCCAGCUCCGCAAUGCCCUCACCGCGGCCAAGGCCCUCGAGCAGGAGGCAACCGCCCGUGCUGAGGCAGCCGCUGCCGCUGCUGCUGCCGCCGCCGCUGCCGCUGCCACCGCCGAGGUUCCGGCCGCCUAAAGCCGAUGGUGGUGCCGAUGGUGGUGUGUGUAUGUGUGUGACGCUCAUUCGGAUCAUUAAACUUUCUUCUGCAUAAUUUAUCCGGACGCGAACCUGACUUUUGUUUACCAACAUCCGUGCCUGUCCGUGCGAGCACGUA